GUAAUCUUCAAUUCUACAAAACCAAAAAAGAGGAUCGCCAUCACAAACUGUGCGUGCCACCCAUCUCAACAUCACCAUCAACAUCUAAAUCGACAUCUGCAUCUGCAUCUGCUACUCUCUCUAGGCUAGGUUUCCUCUCAAAUUCAUAAUGCUUUCUUUACCACUUCAAUGACUUUUCGGUAGGUUGGUGGGUGGGUGGGUGGGUGAGUUUCGGGUUUUGCUUCUUAUCUUAGAAUUAUUUCUAUCGGCUUUGAUUUGGUUGGUUGCGGAAGUCCUUCCCAAAUGCCGGAGGAGGAUUUGGUAGAGCUCAAGUUCAGAUUGUACGAUGGAUCAGAUAUCGGCCCUUUUCGAUAUUCACCCGCAUCCACUGUUGCCAUGCUCAAGGAGAGGAUUGUGGCCGAGUGGCCUAAAGAUAAAAAAAUUGCGCCCAAGGCUGCAAAUGAUGUGAAAUUAAUAAGUGCGGGGAAAAUUUUGGCAAACAACAAGACUGUUGCCCAGUGCAAGAUGCCAUUUGGAGACCUACCCAAUGGAGGAGUUAUCAUCAUGCAUGCUGUUGUGCAGCCAUCCCUAGCCAAAGCAAAGACAGAGAAGAAGAUCGAUGAAGCUCCAAAGAAGCACGUGUGUAUGUGUUCGUGUUCCAUAUUGUGAUCCUGGAGAGUCAGUUCGAUUGAGUCGUUGAUUAACUUGUGCAAUUCAAUUCAACUGAAGGAGGUGACCAGCUCAGAGAAACUGAUGAGAAGUCGAAAAGGACAAUAAUUUAGAUAUCCGUUGUUCUUUGCUGUAUACAUGUUGAUUCGUCGGUAGCAUUUGUGUGCGACAGUGGUGUGGUAUGUACAAUACCAUACAUGCAUGUGGGUGGUGUGGUGUCCCUAUAGAUUUGUUUGCUUUUAUGUACAUCUGUAGUUCUUGUGUUUUUCAGUUCCACGCCAUUUAUACAUACAUACAUACAUACAUACAUACAUACAUACAAAUACAAUAUUGGUUUGUUUGUGGGAUCCA